UCCCAGCGCCGCGAGCCGGCAGUUCCGGUUUCCCCCCGCCCGGGGCUGUGACUGCGCCGGGGUCCCGCUCCUGCUCGCGCGUGACAGGCAGCUCCCGCGCGCCGGCCUCCCCCCUCCCGCGCCCGGCUCCCCGCGGCCCCGCACCGCCCCGCAGGAUGGUGCGGAAGCUGAAGUUCCACGAGCAGAAGCUGCUGAAGCGGCUGGACCUGGUGAGCUGGGAAGCGGCCUCGGGGAACCUGGCCGAGCUGCGGGUGCUGCGGCGCUACCGCCUGCAGCGCCGCGAGGACUACACCCGCUACAACCAGCUCAGCCGGGCCGUGCGGGAGCUGGCGCGCCGCAUCCGCGACCUGGGCGAGGCCGACGCCGCCUUCCGGGCCCGCUGCACCGCCGCGCUGCUGGAGAAGCUCUACGGGCUGGGGCUGGUGAGCUCCAAGCACUCGCUGGAGCAGUGCGAGCGGGUCUCGGCCAGCGCCUUCUGCCGCCGCCGCCUGCCCUGCCUGCUGCUGCGGCUCCGCAUGGCCCAGAAGCUGCGCGACGCCAUCACCUUCAUCGAGCAGGGACACGUGCGGGUGGGGCCCGAGGUGGUGACCGACCCCGCCUGCCUGGUGAGCCGCGCCAUGGAGGAUUUCAUCACCUGGACCGAUUCCUCCCGCAUCCGCCAACACGUGCUGAACUACAACCAGGAGAGGGAUGACUUCGACCUGGCCUGUUAGGAGAGCAGGGGCCCUGCUGGCUAAUACGCUUCACCAGCCUGGGAAGAGACUCUGGACCCAGAUAUGCUGCUCCUCCAUGCCACUGGGAGUGGGGCUUGACCUGCAUGUGCUGCCCUGGCCCAGUUGUUCUGUGUACCACCUCCCCCUGCAAAGGGAUUCCUGGCUCAGAUGGGCCUUGUCUGAUACUACCCACCUCCUCUGUGAAGAGAUUCAUAGCCCAUAUGGGCUGAGCCCCAGUACCACCCACCUCCUCUGCAAAGGGGCUAUUGGCUCAGUUGUGCCACCAUGCCUGCUUCCUACCACCUCCCUGUGAAGGGACUCCUGGCUCAGAUGGGCUGAGCCCAAUACCACCCACUUCCUGUAGGAAGGGACUUCUGGCCAGAUGGGCUACUAAGCUCUCUGCAAGCCUCUGUCUCCUCUGUGACAUUGUACCCUCCUGCUGCAAAGACCAUUAGCAAAACAGGCAGAACGGUGUUGUUCUGUUGUCACCAUCAGAGGGCCAUCUAGAAGGAACUAAUGAACAAAUGCUCUCCUAGCCAGGAAAACAAUGUAGAGGGCAACUGAAGAUUUAAAUUUUGUUGCUCAAAUGUGGUGUUGGAAGAGAUACAGGUUUUAUACUUUUGCCUUGUCAAGGGGCUUGUCUCUCACAAUAGUCACUCUUUCAAAAAUAAAUCAAUAGGGAUAGUUCUGUUUUCAGAAUUCAACUUCGCUAGUUAUGCUAACAUUGUAAUCAGCAGCAAUACCUAACAUAGUCCUCAUGACUUUCUCACUUUUAAUAAAGCUGAAAUUACUUUU